AGCCCAUUUAUUGUGCUGAGGUUCACUAUCAGCCACAUGUCCAUAUAACAUGGAACCGAUUGUCUCAUGUAAUCUUGAGGACAAUGAUGCUCAGUUUAAACUGAUGAAUCAUGGUGAUGCAGUUAAAGAUGAAAACCCUGAAUUGCCUCAUCUUGUUGCUGAUGACAGCGAUGAUGGAAGUUGUAGUUCAAGUGGUUCUCAAACUUGCAGUGUAUUGAAUUUCCAUGGCUCUGAAAGUUUUUCUACUUUACCCUAUGAUACUGAUAUGGGAUUUACAGAUGUCAUGAGUGCUGCUUGUUCUAGUCAUGAGCUUACAAAUUCUGACAUAAUGAUUGAUAUGGCGGAGAGAUACAUGAUACUGCCUUUCCUAGAGAAAACAGCAGAAACCAACAACAUUCAAGUUGAGGAGUCCUAUGAAGAAACAAUGAUGAAUUCUGAUGAUGCAUCCUUGUAUCUAGCAAUUCACCAAAUGAAAUCAUCUGAUCAGGAAACUGAGAUAACCUGUCAUGCUGGUGAUUUGGAUGAAAUUGAGUGCUUCGAUCCACAAUUGCUAUUUAGAAGUUUACCUGAUUUACCUGAAGCACUUUCAUCCAUUUGUCCUAUCUUGCUUCCAAAGGAAAUGCAGCAAAGGAAGCCUAUUACCCUUGUACUUGAUUUGGACGAAACUCUUGUCCAUUCUACCUUGGAGCAUUGUGAUGAUGCUGACUUUACCUUUCCGGUCUUCUUUAACAUGAAACAACAUACUGUAUAUGUAAGACGUAGGCCUCACCUGCAGCUGUUUCUGGAGAGGGUAGCUCAGAUGUUUGAGAUUGUCAUUUUCACAGCCGGUCAAAGUAUUUAUGCCGAACAGCUACUGGACAUACUGGAUCCAGAAAAAAAGUUGAUUUCACAGCGUAUUUAUCGUGAAUCAUGCAUAUUUUCUGAUGGCAGCUAUACAAAGGACCUGACCAUUUUAGGAAUCAAUUUGGCAAAAGUUGCCAUAGUUGAUAAUUCUCCACAGGUUUUCCAGUUGCAAGUAAAUAAUGGGAUACCUAUUAAGAGUUGGUUUGAUGAUCCAGCGGACCAUGCAUUGCUUCAAUUACUUCCUUUCCUGGAGAGCCUGGCAGAUGCAGAUGAUGUCCGUCCUAUUAUUGCAAAGAAAUUUGGAAAUAAGGAAUAAUGUUGUUUAUUGGGGAAGUUGUGAUUUUUUUUCCCAUUAUUGCGAAGAUACUCAGCAAUAAAAAGAAAAGGUGUUUGUUCAGACAACCAUUAGUUUGUUGCCUCCUUUCACUUUCCAAAGAAUCUCGUCCUUCAGAUGGUUGCUGAUGGUUGUAUAUAUGAAUGAUGCCCAAGUUAACUGCCUAGAGUCCUAUAUUCCUUUGAUCUUGUUUUUGUCAUAUAGGGGUGUGUAUGAGAAUAGUGUCAUUGAAUUAUUGUGUGCUCGGUUUGCUGAUAAAUGUCUGUAUUUAAUAUUCAUCUAUUAAUAAAUCGUGACGUGAUUGUAUCAGUCCACAGUAAUGAACUUAAUUUUGUGCAUUUUACGGCCAA